AUGGCAAUGGAGUCCCAAAAGCCCCUUCACCACGAGUUGCCAUCACAGAACAGCAACACAAAAGAUGCAGGUGAGAGAAUAACUGAAGACCUUAUAUCCUCUCUGAUCCUAAAACUCUACAGACACGUUUCCUGGAGAGACAUAUUGACCAUAAAAUUACAGAACCACAACAGCAUUGUGGAGCGUCUGUACAACAGACCAAUGAAUGACAACAGCUUUCUCAAAGUCAUUGAGAUUGAGAACAAGGAGAAAUUCUUGAAGGAAGUGUUAAAGGACCUCAAAAAUGAGAUUGGUCCUCUGAAACAGACUCUGAGGGUGGCGGUAUCGAACCUGAUGGCUUUUGAUGAUGCUGUCCUCAGGUGUCUGAAAAGCAAACUGGAAAAAACCAAGAAGGGAUCUGGAGUUGCUCGGUUCUAUGGAGCGCUGGGAAGACCUUUGAGAAAGUCUUUACAUCACAGGAUCAGGAUCUCCAGCCUUCAUUUUUACUGCAUGACUCUCCACCUUAAUACAGGUGCUUGA